UUAGACUUGUAGAACAGUGCAGACGGUGUGAUUUGCCUUCUAGUCUUUGAUUAAUACGUUUGAUCAAUCUAUGGUUUAAACAGAAAAAUAGAAUUAUGUCAAAAUGUUACAAAAAUAUAUGCUGAUUUGAAUGCUCUAUCAAUCUGGAAAUUAAGAAUGAAUAUCUAUUAAUUUUCAAUGCUUCUUAAUUCUGACUGAAUAUUUUUUCCGUUUUCAUGUUAUUGGAGGAAUGACAAUGUAAUUAAAUGUAUUAAGUUCAUCUCUGAACUUUGAAAACAUCUGAAGAAUAAUGAAUCCUAUGUACGAUUUCAUACAACGAAACAGAGUGCUUGCCAAAAUAGAAAAAGCCUAUCAGUCUAAAGCAUCUAAUUUAGAAUUAGAUGAUUUUGAUCUAAGUUACUUCCCAGAAAAUUUGUUGAAUUGUACUGAACUAACUUCCUUAAAUUUAGCACAUAACAGACUGACAUCAUUACCUGGACAAUUAUUUCAACUCAAAAAUAUAAAGAAAUUGAGUCUCCAAUAUAAUUCUUUGGAUACAUUUCCUGCAGUACUGAAAGAACUCAUACACUUGAAGGAUUUGAACAUAGGUCAUAACCCAAUUAGAUCUCUCACGUUUAUAGGGGAACUUGUUGGUUUAGAGGUUUUAUGGUGUAACAGUUGCUGUUUACUAUCACUACCAGAAGAAAUUGGCAAUUUAGUAAAUCUGAAUACCUUAGGAGCAAGGCAUAAUCAACUGUCAAGUUUGCCAAAAUCUAUUUGUAACUUGAAAAAAUUAAGGUGGCUCACUCUUGAAGAUAAUAAACUACAUUUGAUACCUAAGAAGUUCGAAUAUUUACAAGAGUUAAUACAUUUAAAUUUGAAUAAAAAUAAUUUCAGUUAUAUUCCUCUUCAAGUAAUGAAAUUAAAAAAUUUACGAUAUUUGCAUCUUCAAAGUAAUGAGAUUUACACUUUGCCAGAUACGUUAAUUAAUAAUAUGAAUUAUGUCAAGAUAAACCUAUUGCAGAACCCAUUAUCUUAUUCAGAAGAUCUGAAUAAAUUAUUUCCCAAUUUAAUUUUGCCUGGUAUAGAAUUACAAAAUGGUACAGAUGAUCUACCAUUGGAUUCUGAUAGCAGCACUGAAGAUUGGGAAAACAGCUAUGGGAGUUCAGAACUGAAUUAUUCAUUAUCAGAAUCUGAUAGUGAUGAAGAAGAAGUCCUAGUUGAAAUACCUAAACUGUCCAAGUAUCUGGUGACCUUUUGAAAAAAGCCUUUUAUUAUAAGGAACUUGUGAUUAACACAAUAUGGUGUUUAUUAGAAUAUUUUUUCAUUAUUAAAACAUUUUUUGUGGAUCCUCCAUGGUUCAAGUAACUUUUAGACUUAGGUUUGAUAAAAUAUAUUGAUUUUCAUUUG